UUUGCGUAUCGUGUUGCGGCGUUUCUUUCUUCCGGCUACGGUUUGCCUUAUAAUUUACUUUCAUUUUGGGUUGUGUUUGCCUGUUGAGGCCAGAAAAGUUUGCAGAUCCACCCAAAGCAGCAACCCUCAAAGUCCCAAUUCCCACGUCUCCCUCCCUUUUAAAUUGUACCCACAGGCUCAUUUCCCUUCGUUUUAUCAUUUCCUUCCAUCUACCAAACAGGCCCCCCUCCCUUCAUUAAAAUUUAAAAACACGCGCCUCAAGCCUUCGAGUCCUUAACUACCAAGCUUUCGACGCAGAGACCGUAGAAGAUAAUGGGUUCUGAUCUAAGCGAAGAUAGAUCCGAGAUUGUCUUCUUCGACUUGGAAACUACGGUUCCCACCCGCACAGGUCAGGGUUUUGCGAUACUGGAAUUCGGAGCUAUCCUUGUGUGCCCGAGGAAUCUGGAGGAACUUCGGAGCUACUCCACCUUGGUCCGACCAGCCAAUCCUUCUUUAAUCUCUACUAAGUCCGUUCGAUGCAAUGGAAUCACAGCUGACGCCGUCAGGUCCGCCCCUACUUUCGCCGAAAUUGCGGACACUGUCUACGAUAUACUCCAUGGGAGGAUUUGGGCGGGACAUAAUAUCACACGGUUUGACUGUGUUCGGAUAAGGGAAGCAUUUGCUGAGAUUGGAAGAUCAUCGCCGGAGCCCAAGGGCAUUAUUGAUUCGUUAGCCUUGCUGACCCAGAGGUUUGGAAGAAGAGCUGGGGACAUGAAGAUGGCUAGUCUUGCCACUUAUUUUGGGCUCGGAAAACAGACGCAUAGGAGUUUAGACGAUGUCCGUAUGAAUCUUGAAGUUCUGAAGUACUGUGCAACAGUUUUGCUCUUGGAGUCAAGCCUCCCAAAUGAAUUUUCAGAAAAAAGUUCGGUUUCACCAAGCGCUACUACAAGAAGCCGUAAAAAUGGGAAAUCAUCUCUAGAAGGGCCUGGCAUAAGCAUAGAUGCUCCUUCUUCUAGUUCAAAGUUUGAAAAUGCUUCUCCUGAAUACCAUGAAGAUAAGGAGGGUGAUUCUUUCCAUUCUCCACAGACAAGCUUUGCAUCUAAUACAUCUCAAUCAGAUCCCUUUGACAUGAGUGCUCUCAGCAAUGAAAUGCAUACCGACUCCCUUCAACAAGAUGCUGCCAUGGAAGAAAAUCCUAUUACAGAGUCUUCUGAGAUGCCUUCAGCAGUGACUGAUCCUGGAAGUUCCAGCGGCAAUGCGAGAUUUUUGGAACCUAGUGAAGUUAUUGUUUCUUCUAUUAGGGCAUGUUUUGCUACAUUCAUUAAUGGGGGUCGAAGAAUGAUAUUAUUGUAUGAGCAUGCCAUCUUGCAGCUUUGUUGCCAUCAUUUAAGGGUGCGGUUUGGUUUGAGUACAAAAUUUGCUGAUCAUGCUGGACGACCACGGUUGAGUUUUGUGGUUGAUGCAUCUCCAAUUUUGUGUGGAGUUCUUGGAGCAUGUGAUGAUGUUGCAAGGAAAUUGUUUUUGGAAUCAGGUAGCAGCUCCGAAUGGAGGCCUGUUGUUAACAGAAAACCUGGCUUCUUCAACUGCCCAACAGUGAGAUUCCACAUACCCACUGCAGUGAAUGAGGGUGGUGCUAAAUAUGCAACUGAAAUGUAUCAGAAAGAUGCUUCUGGAACUGUACAAAAGCUUAUAUUCAGUAAGUUCGAUGCUGCAGAACUUGAUACCUGGUUUAGUCUAGGGACCUUCUUGGAUGCCUUUUACUCCUUGCAUCCAUAUGAUUAUCAGCAGAGUGCUGGCAUCCGAUUAGUGGCAAAGAAACUAAUCAUUCACAAAGAGUGAAGGGAGAAGGUUCUCUAAUCUAUUGUUGAUUGCUUGCAGUUUACAUUUGUAACAAAUUAGGCCAACGUGUAAAGAUGAAAGCAAUAUCUGUUGUUAUUUAGGGUAAAAUGCAAGCGACUUGAACGCUAACAUUUGACGUUGUUUACAUGUAACAGCAAAAUUAGUUCAGAUUGUUAUUUUAAUGAUAGACUUUAAAGGGACAGUGAUAAUCCUAUUGCUUUUUUUUUC